AUGAGUCAACAAUUCCAAAAUGAACCGAGUAAAUUGGAUUAUGAAAAAAUGCAACAUUUAGUAAAUACAAACAAACCGCUACAUUUCACCAGUAAAUAUGCUUACCUCACCUUAUGGGGAGACGAAAUUCAAAAUCAGACACAAUUUGCUGAAGUAAUUAAUAGAAUUGCAGGAGCUACUAACAAUAUCCAGUACGCUCAUAUAUCACCAGUUGAGAGAGACGAAGCUAAUGAACAUCCGCACCAACAUGUAUUAAUUGUACUUAACAGACCUAAAUCAUUUAACGCGCGUCCAGUCAUAAAUCAUAGUGAUGGAACUAAACAACGUUUUUGGUAUUCACGUGUUAACUCCUACACCACGAGAACCGGCGACAUCAGUAACAUUAUUAAAUAUAUUACCAAAAAAGGAGAAGGAAUGUUUAGAGGUAAUCCAAAUGAUAAGACAAAAUUAAAUCAAACGUGGAUUAAUGCAUUGAACGAUAUGGAUAGCUACCACGAUUAUAAAGAACUGGAGAAGAAUUUAAUGGAGAUCAACUCUGAGAAGUACAUACAACAAGAGGGCAAAAUAAAAGCCAGAUGGUUAAGAAAAAAUGCAAGGCGUAUUGAUAUGGAGAACUAUACCAAAGAGAAUUUAUAUCCAUGGAAAGAAGAAACCGAAGAAAUACAGACAAUUAGAAAAUGGAUAAAGUGCGCAAGCGGAGAUAAGUACCGAAUGGGUAACUUAUUUAUAGUCGGUCCAACUAAGACCGGUAAAACAGAGUUCGCUAUUCAAGAAGUGUUUAUGAAGUACAACACAUUCAUGCUCCGAGGAGACUCGCUAUUUGACACUUAUGAUGAUGAUCAAAAUUACAGAUUCAUUAUAUUUGACGACAUUAAUUAUGAUAAAAAUUUAUUACGCCUUAUUAAAGCAAUAACUUCUUCAAUUAACAAAAAAACCAUGGUGAAUGUCAAAUAUUCUAAGGCUAUUGUAACUGCGAGGCCUUGCAUUCAUCUAUUGAAUCAAAAAGAAUAUGAUUCGGUUUUAAAUCUCAUGAAAUUCAACGGAGGUUACUCGUGGUGGAGGAGAAAUUCGCUCACCGUAUUUAUUGAUGAUAAAAUUUAUAAAGAUCCAUCUGAAACUGAAAAUGAUUCAAAAGAUAUGAGUCAGGAAGAGAAAGACUAUGACCCAAUAAAAGAAUUAAACGAAAAGUAUGAAGAUAUUAAAGAUGACGACACUGAAAAGUAUCAAGAUGAAAACGAGAAUUCAUUACAACAUGUAAAAUUCGAGACGAGAUUAACAACGUUUAUGAAAGAUCUGGGCUAUGAUGAAAGUUUUUUAGAAGAUUUAACAGAAAAGAUAAAGGAAGCGAGAAAGAGUAAUAUUAAGUUGAAAAGGGAUCUUGACCAUUUAGAAGAUGACAACGAGAGUUUAAUGGAAGAGUGGGAAGAUGAUUUAAAUGACUACCAGGACAACAAUCCGUUAGGAAUGACAGAAGAAAAUUAUAGACGUUUUGAAAAUGACACAAUGUCCAAAUUUGAAAAGGAAAGAUUAAAUUAUUUUAAUAGAAAAGCAAGUGAAGAAGAUAAUUAUUAUGAUUAUGAAGAUGAAGAAGACGACUAUAGUGCAGAGCCAAUGGAACAUCAACCAUUUGGCGGAAAUGGAAACGAUCCAGACAUAAUUUACGAUUAA